CGUUUAGUUGCAUAUUUUUUUACGUUGUUCUUUGUACAAUACAAUGGCAAGUUCAUCGACGAUAGUGCGAAGCAUCCUAGAUGAGGUCAUUUUCAAGGUCUACAGAUAUUGUACUACUGAGUACAGCAGUGCCAAAGAACAGAAAAAUAUGCUUCCUGCUGUACUCGGAGCUUCUGAUGACAAAAUACAUGUAAUUGCAAAACAGGAUUUCUACGCGGAGCAGCAAAUAACGAUGAAAAAGAUAUUUCGCAGAGUUGCUCGAGAGACUGUGCGAGAUUUAAUUAUUCUUGCAACAAAACAGGCUGCCGCAAGCCCAGACGAUGGACAGUUGGUGAAAACUUCACAAUUCCGAUUCGCGAAUUAUGACCCUCAAAAGAGUGCAUACAUGUACCAACAACAUGUGGACAAUAAGAAAGUGAAAAUACACAAGAAACUGCAGGUUAAAGUUACGAUUGGAUCAGAAAUUGUCCAAUACACACUCAGAUGCCCGGCCAUUCGUGCAAAAGUUGCAGAAGGAAACAUAGCGGCGAUACAAAAAUCUAAUGAAGCCCAAAGCGAAAUAACCUCAACGCCAUUGUACAAAGCUGCUGAGAAAACUGCGGUUGAUCCUAAGACCCUAGCUGGACCUGACUGCAAUAUUCCUGGACCAGCUAUAGUCGACGUACAUGAACAUAUACCUGCCUAUGUACAAUCUGAAGCAGAUGCAAGCCACAAAACAGAGGACAAUCCUGAGCGAAAAGGCUGGAGAAGAUUUCUGUGUUGUGGCAAUCCAAAGAAAAAACAGGAGAAAGAGAAGAAAAAGAAGUUGGGGCUGCUGAACAGACUGCGUCGAUUUUUUGCCCGUCGUUAAAUUGUCUGAAAUUUGGGCCUAGUUGAUUCCUAGUUUAUCAUUUAUGUGUCAGAAGAUAUUUGAAGAUAAUAUUUAAUUAAUUCAAAGAAUAUGUAUAUGAUUUCAUUUGGACAACUCACUUUCUAUAACGGUUACCAUCAUUUUGAGAUUUUAAGUUAAAGA